AUGAAGAAGAUGAAGAUGAAGAUGAAGAUGCCUGUUUUACAAACUAUUGAGUAAACAUAAUUUGAUAGUAUUUAUAAUUAUAUAGGAUUACAUUCAUAGUUUAAUGAAUAAAAAAAAAAAAAUAUUAAAUGUGACCAAGAAUAAAAUUUCAACGAAAAUCAAGACUAAAUAGAAGAAGAAGAAGAAAAAGAAAACUAAGAAAUUCUUAUUCUAUGGAGAUUCGAUGAAGGAAAAGGUAAAAAUAUCGAUAAUUUAAGCAAUUAUGAAUAAAUAAAUAAUGGAGAAAUUAUAUCUAAUAACAUAGAAAAUAUAUGGAAUUAAUUAGAAAUAGGAGAUCCUAUGGAAAUAGAAGAUGAAGAUGAGGAAAACAAUAACACAAGAACUUUUUAUGAGUGA